AUAAAUUAAUUUAAAAAAAAUUAAUCCUUAUCAAAUAAUUUAUUGAAAGAAAUCAAAUCUAAGAAUAAAAGAAAUUAGAGUGAAAGGAAUUUAGGCUAAAUGUACUUAUUCCUUCAAAUAUCUGUCAUAUUCGCCUUUCCCACAAUUCUGAUGACAAUUUAUGGCUUUACUAUCAUCCUUUAUUAUUAAUAGAAAACGCAUGUGCAAGUGAAUGACUAUGCUUAAUCUAUUUACGAGUAGCAGAUUAGUAACUCUAAGAUACUCAAUAAUGCAAUUUAGUUCUAGUUAUCAUAGUAGGUUUAAAGGAAAUCCUGGUCUAUUCAGCUUAUGAACUAAUUCUCAUAAAAGGUAAUAGAAGGAGAAGUAAUUAUGAAUAAAAAUUAUAAAUCAAUGUUCCUAAAUACUGAAAGAACAUAUGCAAAUAAAGAUGAACCUAAGGCUACUUAUUUAUUUAAGAAAAAUAAAUACGGCGUUGUGCAAGUUAGAACUUGGCAUUAAUAUGAAUACUUAUAUGUGAAUUAAUACGAUUAGAUAGGACAAGAUCAUCUUAGAAACUCUACAUAUUCAGAUUUGUUAUGGAGAUUGUUUGAAUACGAUAAUAUAUUAAGUAGCUAAUCUGAAAGAUAUCUGAAAUUUAAUAGCAUUUAUCAUGUAUUUGAUCAUAACAGUAUGGGUUAUUUAAGUGCCACUAAUACAACAUUUAAAAAUUUUAGAGACCCAGAUGGCUGUCCUACUGGACCUAAUCAUUUUAAUGGAAAAUGCAGGUAUUGGUAUACAGGAACAGUAAAGUAGGAUUCGAUGAUUUUAUAUCCUCCUGAUUUAUUUUUUAGCGACCAAGGCAAUCCCUUUUUAGCUAGCGUGCUAUGUUAAAAGCUUUUAAGAUACAAUAAAACUAUGCAUUGGGUUAAAUGUACUAGCCUUAAUUUACAAAAGAUGUAAAGCUUCUUUGCAAAUAUGGGCAAUUUUUCUACUUAUACUAUGGUAAUAGAUCCAAGAAACUAUAGUGUUAUUUACCAUUCUAUAGUGCCUUAAUAGAGAGCUAUUGCAAAUACUCUUGGAAGUGUAGAAUUGGAUAAUUUAGAGGACUAAACAUAAGCAUAGCUUUUUAGAGAUUAAAUGAAAAAAAAUUUUGGAAAUUGGGUGAUCUCUGAAGUUGACUCUGUUUAAGCUGACGAAAUUUUGCUUCCUAAUUAUCAAAAAACAUUUACUUAUUAUAGAAAUGGAAGCGAAGCUCUUGCAAUAUGUAACCCUGUAAUUAUAAUUGAUAAAAUACCAAAAACAAAUGCAAGAGUAUUAUAAAAUUAAUUAAAUGAAUAAUAAUAAUAAAUUGAUGAUGAUGAAAAUCAAUUAGUCAAUACUCAUGAUUAUAAUAAUUAUAGUAAUAUUAAUAGUAACGAAUAAUAUAUGAGUGAUAAUAUUUUAAUUAACCUAUCUAAUUCUAACAAAAGCCAUAUCAAUAGAAAUUUUAUAAAUAAAUAGGAUAGAAAUUUAUAGAAUAGCAAUCAAUUUAACAAAAAGCAAAAUUAAUAAAAAAGAAUCAUUUAAAAUAAUAAAAAAUAUAGAUUAGAAGCCAGUUUCUUAUUGAUAGAUGUCUUAUCAUAAAACGAUUUGAAGAAAUUCUCAAUUUAAAUGUUGAGCGAUACAGACUACUAUUCUAAAAUUAGCUAUAUUACAAUUUUUUCAAUUUUAACAAUUUUAACAUUAUUUAUUUUAUACCAAUCUAUAUGUAUCACACAUAUGAUUUAAUUUCCGAUUUGGCACUUAACUAAUUUCUUGAAGAAAAUAAAUGACUCUGGCGAUUUAAAUAGGUUCAACACUGUUAAUCAGGCCUUUUCUAUCAAUGUAGAGUCUUUUUUCUACUCAGAAGACAUGAAGAUUCUUUUUAUUAGCUUUAAAAAUAUGUUUUAAAUGUUAACAUUUACAAAUCAAAGCUACUUCAACAGCGAAAUGAGUGCUACAUUACUCAACUACAAUAAAUAAAUAAUUCAUUUUGAAAAGUUUAAGAAUUAUAGAGCUCUUGGUGUUUGCCAUAAUAAUAUUGCUAAUAUCUUGUUUUAUUUAGAAAGGUAUAUUGAAGCACUCUAGCAUUAUGAAAGCGCUAUAGUCUAUUCAAAGUUGGAGUUAGGUCUAUAUAAGAAAGAUUUUGUAAGAGAUGGAGAAAAACCAGAUGACUUGAGAAUGUUUUAAAGUAAAUAGGUUUCUGAAGUAACUAAUAACCAAUAUCGGAAAUAGAGUGAACAUUAAAGAAUACCUUCCAUUUUUAAUAGAAAGAGCUCAACCCAAGCAUAGACGAAUCCUAAGUCCAAUUAGGUGAGUAAUUAAAAUGGAUAUAUUAAUCAUGAUUAGUUUGAAAGAGAAGCUAAACUAUAAUAGAGUAAUUAUAUCCUUAACUAAUCAACAGGCUUUCAUUAAAACCAAACAGUAUUCUAAAAUAUGUAAGCAAGCGUAAUUAACAAGAUUGAAAAUUUAAAUAAUAUUUCUUUUGUCGCUUCUUCGGCUUAUUAGUUAUAAAAUAAUUUGGAAGCUGGGAAGUAAGCUAAUAUUUUAAAAUAAAAGAAAAAAAAGCUAAGCUAAACACCACACAAUCAAAAUUUAAUUAACAAUGAUCAAAAUUAAUAAUAGUAAGUUCACAAUAAAUCAUAACUAUAGAAUAAUAAUAACAAUGUGAAUUUAAAUAAUAACGAUUCUCAUCUCUAGAGCAAUUUUAAUUUAGUGUAAAAUAACGAAAAGCAAAAUAAAAGUGAAGAAAAAGGAAGUUUGUCUAGUGAAGAGGAAGAAUUACAAAUAGUUGGUUAUUUGCUUUAAUAAACAAGAGAAUAUCAUCAAUUGAUUUUUAACCUCUAUCACAGAAAGAUGAAUUAUUUAAAAUGUUUUAUCAAUUUCUUAAACUCAAAAUAAAGUUUUUUUUAGCAAUUUUUAUGGGAGGAAGCGGAAGUUUUAGCCUAAGAGCUAAUUAGUCUUGCUAAGUACUUCCCUAAAAAGAAUGGGAGAAAUACAAUAGUUUACUCAUAUUUAUCAUUAAUUCAAACUAAGCAAUAAAAGUGGAAAGAAGCAGAAGAAAGCUGCUUGAUAGCAAAAGAAUAUGUCAUGAAAGCAUAUGAAUAUGAAAAUCAUCACUAAGAAAUUCAAUAUAAUGACCAUACAAAUAAAUAAUAUGAUGAACUUUACACUUAAAUUUAUCAAGAAUUAUCUGAAGACAACUUAUUUAAUGACUAAGAUAUAUUUAACUUUUUUUCUGAAUUACCCUCUUAAACAUAUACCUCAAAAUAAGUUUUAGAUAAGAGCUUGCGUGUUAACAAAGCUACUUCUUUAAUUUAAAAUAAUAGUAAUAAGAAUUAAAAUCCAGUUUAGAGUUUAUAAAAUAAUUAGAAACAUAUUGCCAAAAAGCUAAGUUUAAAAGAAACUACUAAUUUUUAGAAAAAUAACGAAAUCAGAGAUUUUAUUUAAAAAUAAUAGUUUUUAAAUAAUUAAUAAAAUGAGGGAGCUUUUACAGACCAUAAAAAAAGAAAUUCAUAAACUUAUGUUUCUAAUAAAAUGGUACCUCUUUAGUCUGUAAGCAUAAAGCAAACAGAAGAUAUUACGCAUUUAAAUGAAAGGAAAAUUAGUAAUAAGAUAAGCCAAAAAGAUCAUAUAGAGGCACUUAAUACCCAACACAAUACUCAUAAUCAGUCCUCUUCUAAUAAUGCCAAAUUAAUAAGCUUCUUGAUAAACUAAAGAAUACUUCAGUAUAAAAAUUAAUAAUAAUUAUUACAGUUUUUAGGAAGCAAUUAAACAAACUCAUAAAAAUAAGAAAUUAUCAGCUAAAACUAGAAUUUAUAAAUAGAAAACCACUAAAAUAAUAUUAAUACAAGUAUUUACUAAAGUUUGAAUUUACAAGGUCAAAGUAACCAAGAGAAUCCAAGAUAAUUUUAACUAUCCUCUAUAAAGUAGCAGAAUAAUUUAUUGAUUAAUUUUAGUAACGCAUAAAUUUCUCCUUUAUAAGCUAAAAAUUAUACCUCCCCAUAAUUAAAUAAUAACAUCAUAGCUUUAAAGGAAAAGGAAUAGCAAAAUAUUAAUUAAUAUUAUAAAAGUGUGAAUGAAGUAAUUUAAGAGGAAGAUUAGUUACAUCAAGAUUUGCAGCAUACAGAAUCAUAAAUGAGUUAAGAAUUGCAUCAAAUAAAAAAGAUGAAAUAAAAAUAAAAAAAUCAGCAAGUAUAACUUCCCUUUAAACCAGAUUUUCAAAAACCUCAAACUAAAAUGAAUUAGUCUUUUAAUUAGAUUGAAGACUCUAUUGAAAACUCUCUUAUUAAUUCCAACCAUGAAAUUUACAAAGAGCUAAACAUAAUAUUAAGUAAUUAGUAGCUAUUUUCUGCUAAAAAAUUAAAUGAAGAUAUUAGUUAUGCAUACGAACCACAGUCAAUUAAAUAAAACGAUGUUUAAGCCUUAAAACAAAAUGAAUAAUAAAAUAAUCUAGUCUUAUUAAAUGAACUUUAAAAUAAUAUAAUUUGGAAUGAAUAAUAAUAAAAUAUUCCUGCUUCAAAUAUAUAAGACUCAAAUUACCAUAAUCAGUCUUAUUAAUAUUAAUUGCAAAAAACAAAAAAAUCAUAGGCGUUCAAUAGAACUUUUUAAAAUAGUAACAAUAAUUUUAAUAAUAAUUCUGUAGCAUAAAACACUUCAAAGGUAAAAAAUUAGCAAAAUUCUAAAAAUUUGCAAAAUUAUGAAUAUCCAGCUUGCGUUUUGCAUGGUAUAUAAAUAAAUUUUAAUGUUGCCAUAUUACUUAAUUAGAAUAAACUCCUAGAAGCUGCUAAUAAAAUUACAGAUUAUAUUGAAUAAAGUUUAUAAUACUUACCACACUACAAUUUCAGAAUCUUAUAUUAAUUACAGUUAAUAUUUUAAAGGUUUGGAAAAUCGUCAUUUUAAUUAAACGAGCUUCUUAAUGUUUAUAAAAAGCAAAUUUACUAAAGGGUAGGCAUAAUAGCUACUUGUACUUUAGAUAAAAAUAAAAAGAACUCUUACUAUUUCUGUAAAGAUUUAAUGAAGGAUAUUUUAAAGCAUGAAGAAGAUACUUUUGGAUUAUUAUCCUAUCAAGAUUAGCUUUUUAAUUUGAAAAUCUCAAAUAUUUCUUACAUUACACUAAACAAAAAUAUAGACAUUUUGAAAAAAACAUUAAGAUAGAUUUUCUUUUCAAGCAACUAGGAAACACAAGAAAUAAAAUUUCACUCUCAACAGUAAUUGAUUAAACCAACAAGAAACAAUUUCAUAGAAAAAACAUCUCCUUUUAGUGCAGUUAUAAGAAAAAAUACAAAAAUAAAAAAUAAAAGCUAAUCAAAUGCAACAAAUUUAAAUGAAAAAUCAAACACUCAUCAUCAAGAAUUAGAUGAUUUAACUAAUUAAUAGUUAUCGUUGUCAAAUGAUACAUCAUUUUUAUCGCUUGACCAAAGCUUUUCUAAAAAUUGCAAUCACUAAUGGCAAACAUUGUAGAAUCAAAAUAACAACUUUAAUCAUCAUGAAUCAAUUAAUUUAAGUGCAAAUAAUAGUCCAAACAUAACCAUGUUUAAUACAUAGCCAUAAUAACUUUAAAAUAAGUCAUAAAGAUCAAAUACAGUUGGAAAUGUUAAAAAAAUAAAUAAUUAAAUCAUAAAUCAUCGCUCUUCUUUAAAGCAAGAAAAUAAAAUUUUAAUGAGUUCAAUUAAAAACCCAUAAAAUAAUAUACAUGAUUUUGCUCCUUAGUUAGUGAAUGCUGAUGAAAGCAGAAAGACAACAACACAAGCAUCUAAAAGAUCUAUAGAAACCCAAUUAUUUGAAAAAUCAUUAAAUCCUUAAGAAAUAUUCCAUAUUGGUAUAAGAAAAGCUCUUACUCACUUUGUUCCCCAGCAGUAGCUUUAAAAUAUUUAAAACCAAUAAUAUUAUUAAAGGAUUUAAACAACAAAUGGAAAAAAUAAAAUCAGUGAAAGUAAAUAAAUUAAUCCUUACAAUUUUAGUUAAUAAGAAAAGUAAAAGUAAUCCCAAUCCUUUCAAAAAGUAUUUUAAGAAGCAACUAAUAUUUAUAUAAAAGAGAAAAAUUAUAAAAAAUAUUUAAUUUUCUUAACAGAUUAAUAUAAUGUACAAAAAAAUUAGCUCUAUUAUCAGCUAUGUGAAUUACUAUUUUAGCUAGAUAUUUAGUUAUUGAUCUUAUAGUUUAACAAAGAUGAGUCUAUUGAUGAGCACAGCAAGAGUUCAGAAGAAUUUGUAGAAAAUAAAUGUGUUAUUUAAUAUUUUUAUUCUUCAAAAAAACUUUUGUAGUAUCUUUAUAAUCAACGCUCUGACUACCAGUCAAAUCUAUUACCGCUGGCGGUGGAGCAUUUUUAAACGACCUUCUUAUUUGUAUUCAUUUUUUGA